UAUCAAAAUAACACAUGGUUGCAACAAAUUUGACGAAAAAAUAUUGCAUGAACCUGCCAGCGAGGUGCGCGGCCCGUGCGCGACCGACCGAACGAUUCGGACGACGCGUCGCGUGAAAACGUUUACCUGGUAAAAACAUCUCAAAUCCCUAAACCUAGCCCGCAUGAAAGCGUUUACCUUGUAAAAACAUCCGAAAUCCAUAAACCUAGCCCCUUGCUGCCGCCAGCCACCUCUCCCGGCCACCACAUGUCUCCUAGCACUGCCGCAGCCGCUCCCGUAGCCAGCAGGAGGGCGCCACAUGGCCAGCCAGCCUCCUCCCUCUGAACAGGUCCCGCCAGGCCUAGAUUCGGACCUCCCCUGGCCAGAAUCCUGCCGCCAUGCAGCCUGCAGUUGAACCGCCUCCACCCUGCGUGUCGACCCCAUGCCCGAGCCGCACUGCAGCGUUGGCCUCCUAGCGCCACUGCCCGUCGGCGACCGCCGUGACCGGAACAGAAGGUUGCCAUGGACGCUUGCCCCGUUGCCAUUCGCGUUGGAUUCGGCCAGAUCUGGUAAGCCGCGCUCGGAUCUGCGCCUCCGCUGCCCGUGGACCUCGUCGGAGGACCCGCACCUGCCCCGUCGUCCCGUUGACCGUGCCAUGGCCGCUUCUCGUGCUGGUGGCGAGAGGAUGAAGACGCCCAGUGUCCCGCUCGCUCUGUUGACCAGGCUAGUGCUUGGGCCAACGCAUGGGCCACCCGGCCGCAGUUCAGCUCGCCAGCGCCGCUCGUCUCAAUGCCCAGCCGCUCCGCCUCGCCUCUGCCUGCCCGAGCCAGCCUCGUGGGCCUCGGCUUCACCCGGCCCAGCAGUGCCGGCCUACCCCGCGCGUUGACGCCUCGCCUCGAUGCCCAACCAUCGCAACUCGACGAGCCUCAUGGCCAAGUGGCGAGCGCCCCCGUAGCCCAAUCUUUCACCGUGGGUGUUAUAAAAUAUUGUGCGCGUGCCUUGUGUAGCCCGAUUUCUCCACAUUCGGCCGAGAGCUUUUUUUUUUCCAACACUACGAAUUUAACUAAUUUCGAGGGAAUUUCCUAAAUACAGAAAAUUGCAUCAUUUUGUAUUACUAAUAAAUAAUUAACCGUGCAUCAUAUGCAAAAAA